AUGUUUUAUCUAAGUGACAUUGAAGAACGAGCCUCGGCGGGAAUUGCACCAAGAUAUAAUUUCUGCGAAGUUUUGUUGUUCUCUAAUACUCAGGAAAACCUUGUAACCGUCGUCGGAGAAUUACAUAUGCUGACCGAUCGUGUCGUUCGCUACAAGAUUGAGCCAGAAUCAAGGGAAAUUAUUACCACAACACUACCAUCUUUGUUAGCGGUUUUGCUAGAGAAAAGAAAUGAGGCAAGACGCUUGUACAGGGAUGUACUUUCAAUGAAAAUGUCAGAACUGAAUUGGGAUAUCGACGAUUUAUUCACGCAGUUACAGGAGGAGUUAACAAGAACUGACGAUACCCUUUCCAUGUACCCUAGGAGAAGGUCCUUUCACUAG